CGUCCUCAGCACGAUGAGGAGCCCGGUGACAAAUGAGAGCAGGCAGACAGAGCGCGCUCAGGAGGCUUCACACGCGAACCUGCUGAAGGCCGUUGGAGUCGUGCGUUGUAAAUUAUGUACAUAAGUUACUGAUAAUAUUCGGGUCUGCAUGAAUGGCGAGCCGCACAAUUUGGAGCCGUUAAACCGAGUAGCGAGUGUGAAAAUCUGUAAACCAGCGGCCAACAUCGUCUGAAUUAUACACCAGGUGCUCUGUGCCCGUCUCUCACACGGACCGAGGCUCGACGGCUCCGGUGGGGAUUUUCAAGCCGACAAACACACGCAAUGAAGCUUAUGAAAUGCUAAGAGAGAGAGAAAAACGGAACCGCAAAUUUUCUUUUUCUAAAGCUUUUUUUGUAAAAUGUAUUUUUUCAGUGGGUGCAAAAAAAUAAUUUUCUAGGCAGAAAGCCCCGUGUAAUAACGUUUGUAAAAAAAUAAGCUAUCUGGGCUGAGCAGUUCAUUUUUUAUGUUAAAAUACCGCUGGACCGGCGAGGUACUGUGUUACAAUCGGGGUUUACUUGAAGAUAUUCACACAACAAUUUGAAGGAAAAACUCAGCAGCUUUCCCAACAGGCUUGAAAAAACUCCCGGUUUAGUGUGUGUUUCUAAGAGCUGGGAGACGUGUGGUUUACUUUGAUUAGUACUGCACAGAAGUGGAUGUAAAGUAAAUGUAGGACAUGGUGAGGAGGAAAGUGAGGAUAGAAACUCUUCUCUCACAGCUGUGGGCUCACCCUCCUGUGCUACUGUAAAGCAUCUAAUAAAAGGAGACAGGGAGGCAGAGAGUGGAGGAGAAGUGGGAGAGGGUCGCCAGUUGGACCGACGACGGCCUUCAGUCACCUGCAGCACUGGGAGAACAGCCUGACGGGCUAGACGGGGUGAGAGGUUAACCACAGAAAGAGAGAGAGACGGGGACUGACGGAGGAGCAAAGGUUUGGAGGAGGAGGAGGUCAAGGAGGCGUGAGAAAGUCCGUUCCCCAUGGCUACUGACCCAGGAGAGCCCACAGGCACCGAGGACUCCUCGGAGAAACCUGAUGGACAGAGGGAGGAGGAGGGCAGGGCGGACCCACAGAGGGAGAGGACAAACGGCACCCCCUUGGACUUCCCCUCCUCCCACACUCAGGAGAGGAAAGCGACAAGAGGAGAGGAUGGAAGAAUCCGAGGAGGACAGGGAGGAGAAGCCAGCCGGGAGGGAAAGGAGAACCCAGUCAGUCCGACUUCAUUCUCCACGCCCUCCUUACCAGUCGACACUGGCCAGAAACGGCUGAGGAGGGAGAAGCGCUUCUUCAGGAAGAGUGUGGAGAUUUGUGAGGAGGACGAUGAGGUGGAGGUGACCCCCGAGGCCUCCCACAGCGCCCCUCACCUGGAGCUGCGCUCCUCAGACUCAGUCUUCACCAGCAGUGACCAGCAGCAAGGGGCUGCUUCCUCCUGUGCUGCCAUGGGCCUCGACCCAUCCUGCCCCAGCUCCAGCCAGGAGCCAGACAAGGAGGUACCUUCCUCCUCACCCACCCAGAGGGGGAAGGAGAGGGAUCAUGAGCAGGAGGAGGAGGCGGAGAUGAAGGCUGUGGCCACCUCUCCUGGAGGCAGGUUCCUCAAGUUUGACAUUGAACUGGGCAGAGGAGCCUUCAAGACUGUGUAUAAAGGCCUGGACACAGAGACCUGGGUGGAGGUGGCUUGGUGUGAACUUCAGGACCGCAAGCUGACCAAGGCAGAGCAGCAACGCUUCAAGGAGGAGGCCGAGAUGCUGAAGGGGCUCCAGCACCCCAACAUCGUCCGCUUCUAUGAUUCCUGGGAGUCUGUGUUCCGUGGCAGGAGGUGCAUCGUACUGGUCACAGAACUCAUGACUUCAGGAACACUCAAAACUUACCUGAAGCGCUUUAAAGUGAUGAAACCCAAGGUCCUGAGGAGCUGGUGUCGGCAAAUCCUGAAGGGCCUUCACUUCCUUCACACCAGGACUCCUCCAAUAGUCCACCGGGACCUUAAGUGUGACAACAUCUUCAUAACAGGCCCCACAGGCUCGGUCAAGAUAGGUGACCUGGGACUAGCCACUCUUAUGCGAACCUCCUUUGCCAAGAGUGUCAUUGGAACGCCGGAGUUCAUGGCUCCAGAGAUGUAUGAGGAGCACUAUGAUGAGUCUGUGGAUGUCUACGCCUUCGGGAUGUGCAUGCUGGAGAUGGCCACUUCAGAAUACCCCUACUCUGAGUGCCAAAAUGCUGCUCAGAUCUAUCGCAAAGUCACAAGUGGUAUAAAGCCAGCCAGCUUUGAUAAAGUGAAUGACCCAGAAAUCAAAGAGAUCAUAGAAUGCUGCAUUCGUCAGAACAAGAGUCAAAGACUCUCCAUCCGAGAGCUCCUUAACCACGCAUUCUUUGGGGAGGACACAGGAGUCCGGGUGGAGUUGGCAGAGGAGGACACAGGCACCCAGGACUGUCUGGCUCUCCGGAUUUGGGUUGAAGACCCCAAGAAGCUUAAGGGGAAGCACAAAGACAACGAGGCCAUCGAGUUCAGCUACGACCUGGAGAAUGAUAGCGCUGAGGAAGUGGCUCUAGAGAUGGUGAAGUCAGGAUUCUUCCAUGAGAGUGAUGCCAAGGUGGUGGGAAAAUCCAUCCGGGACCGUGUAAAUCUGAUCAAAAAGUCGCGGGAGCGUCGACAGCAGCUGCUCUUCCAGCAGCAGCAAGACUUCGAAGAAAAAAGAGACCCCACUCUCACCUCCAACACCUUUUCUCAUCCAUCCUGCCCAUCCUCACUGGGGCCAGGGGCAGCUGGACAGACCGGAGGAGGAGGAGGAGGAGGAGGAGGAGGAGGAGGAGUGCAGGAAUCUGAAGAGCUGCCUGAAGUGGACCAGUAUGUCAGGCAGCAACAUAUUUUCAGUGGGACAAACCUUAGUCUGCCAGAAGGUGAGAGCAUUGGGUCUGCCAGCUGUGAAUCUUAUGCAAGUGGACAGAGCCAAGCGUACUCUCAACAAGGGGAAUCAUACUCCCACUCUCAGAAUACUCUCCCCCCUACGGCAUCUACUACUGGCGCAUUGACUCAUCCUCAAAUGCUCCCAAUUGGUGAGAGUGGAAGUGUUCCAAAUGUGCCUAUUGGUCAGAGCGUUAGUAUGUCUUGCAUGUCUGUAGGCCAAAGUGGAGGGGGACCUGUUGGUCAGACAUAUCUUCAGCCCAGUACCAUGGUUCCACAGGUAUCACAAAGUGUCCCUCAACAAAUGUUUCAGUCACAAACAUUCCCAUCAGAUUCAUUUCAAACUGCCACCCCCCAUGGGUCAUUGGCCCCCUCACAGUCAUACAUACCUCCAGUUUCCCCACAAGCACCCAGUAAUGUUCUCACUACAUCCAUAUCAGUCAAUGAUCCUGCUGGACUAGGGGGGACCAUUGUGCCCCUCGCUCAGCAGACCCAACCCCCUGCCACUCCCAUGCAGCUCACUGACAUCAUUCCCCAUGCAGCACCCCAGCAAACACAGCCUGUCAUGAUCCCUCAGCAGACUAUUGUCCAACAACAACAGAUAGGGAUGGAUCCCCAGACCACCACCCUUCUGCAGCAGCCGCAACAGCAAAUGGAGGCCCAGGCCACUCUGCUCGAACAACAACAAGUUAGUGCGACUCAGCCACCAACGGAACAUCAUCCACAGAGCCUUUCAGCUAUAGCUGUCCAGAACCAUCAACAUGAGCCUCAGCAGCAGAUCUAUGUACAGCAGCCUGUUCCACCUGUCCACACGACUCCUCAGCAGCAAGUAUUACCUAAACACAUAGGGAUGGAGCAGCGAGCUGUGUCAUUGCCACAGCAAGGGGAACAGCCUCCGACAGGGGAUCCUCGUGAACAGACCCUGAUACAACCACAACUGCAACAACAGCUUCAGCAAACUCUGUUACAACAGCAACAAGCUUUACUGCUCGAGCAACAUCAGACGUACGUCCAGCAACAGCUUGAUCAGCAGCAACAAAAAGCAUUGCUUCAACAGCAGCAACAACAACAGACCCAACUACAACAACAACAACUGGAGCAGCAGCAAGUACUUAUACACAAGCAAUUGUUGGAUCAACAACAGCAGCAAGCUCUUAUUCAACAGCAACACGAGAAGCAGCAGCAACAGCAAGGUCUUGUACAACAACAGCAACCACAACAAGCACUUUUACAACAUCAGUUAGAGCAGCAGCAACAGCAGCCUCCUUCACAGCAAAAGCAGCAGAAUCAGUUUUAUCAACAAAUUGGGCAACACCAAAGUGGAAUACAAAAAGAACCAGAGAAGCAACAACAAAGUGGGCAACAAAUUGUAUUGCAGCAGCAACCCCAGCAGACUCAACAGCAAGCGGAACAAUUGCAUCAGCAAGCCAUACUCCGACAAAUGGAACAACAGCAGCAACAAGCCCUAAUACAACAGCAUCUGCAACAGCAGGCUAUUUUACAACACCAUCAGCUACAACAGAAAGCUCAGCUACAGCAACUGCAACAUGAGCAGCAACAAGUGCAACUCAAACAGCAGAUAGAGCAGCAGCAGCAAGCUCUGUUGCAACAACAGUUUGAGCAACAGUGUCAGCAACAAGUCCUGUUACAACAACAACAAGCAGAGAGAUUCCACCAACAGGCUUUGAUGCAGCAACAAAUUCAAGGGCAGCAGCAACAAGCAGCCAUUAUCCAACUUCAGCCAACUGAGAAGCAAGAGACUGUCCCAAUUCCACAAAGUAACAGUAAUCAGCAGAUUCAGCAGCAACCAACUGAUAUGCAGCACACGUGCCUUCCAAAACUAAACGCCACUCCGUUUACACCUCAUGCCGCUCUCACACAGCAGCAAGUGAUGGAGCAACAGCAGCAAGCAGCAUUGAUCCAGCAGCAGCAAGCAUUUGUUGCCCAGCCGCAGCAUCACACCUCUGUAAUGGAACCCCAUAUGCCAGCCGGCACUGAGGUGAUUCAGCACCAAACUCAAAAAUUAUCACAGGACCAGGUCCCCAUGGCCAUUCAGACUAUGCACAUCCCUGUUCAGACGUCUGCUGUUGUCCCAGCUCAAGUCCUUUCCCAGCAAGGACAAAGUGAGGCUCAUCCCCAGAACCAGGUCCCAGUCCAAUUUAUAGCCCAGUCCACAGUCCAAACAGCUCAGGCUAUGAUUGAGGCCCAAGUAUCUCCUCCUGCGGCAGUGAUCCAGCAACAGACUCAUGUCAUCCAGGCCCAGCAAAUUCCUCUACAGACUAGUUACCCAGGACCUGCCACACUCACACAGAGCCAGGUAACUGCUCAGCCAUUAAUCCAGACUCAGCCAAUUGGUCAGUCCCAGCCACCACAUGGUCAGGGCCCAACUGUGGACAUUCAGAUGAUGGGCCAGCAAAACCAAGCUACUGUCCAGCCUCCAGCUGCAAUUACCUCAAUUCCCAGUCAGAUCCAACAUGAGACUCUUGUUCAGCAAAAUGCUCAAAUAACAGGACUCAUGCAGCCCCAGCUCCAGUAUGUCUCUCGGCCUACCCACCAAGCCAUGCCAUCUGUACAACAGGAUGCAACUCAUAUGACACAACAGCAGCAGCAACAAGAGCCAGUUCUGCAGUUUCACCAGAUGAUUCGGUCUCCUUGCUCAGCUGGAAGUGUUGGAACAACAACAGAUUGCCUCAAUUCUGUAAUUGACCCUGCAAACUUUGUUGCCACUCCUCAUCCUGUGCCGCAGGCUGGAACAGCCUAUGUCCAAGGCCAAACAACACCACACCCAGUUGUUCAGGCCCAGCAGCAGCCCCUAGUAGGCACUGCUGACCCUUCAGUCAGUCAGUCCAUCUCCCAGCCUCCUAUGCCUCAGUCUACUGUGCAUUACCAGCAACAGCUACAGAAGCUUUCUCAAGCGCAGCAACCACUAGCUCCACCUCCUGCACAGGCCCAGUUACUGGCAAAGCCCAUCCAAACUCCCAUCCAGCAACCACUUCCUAUGAAGCAGGCUUUGAUAGCCCUUGACGACGGUCAGCUGCCCUCACAGUGUCCACCUGCUUCACAUCUGAUGACCCAUCCUUCUGCACAGAUAGUGGCAGGCGCCCCUCCAUCUCUGCAGCACCAAGCCAAGCAGAUGCUGCCAGCUCACACACACUCACAAACUAGCAUUCAGGGCCAAACAAACUCCCAAACGCAGGCACAUUUUCAGACACAGGCUCAUUCUCACAUUCAGACACACACUGAGACACCUAUUGCUGAACAGCCUGUGCUACCCCAUGCUGUCUCUCCUGCACAACAAAUGCCCCUCAGCCCGUCUCAUACCUCAUGUCCCCCAACAUCCCUACCACGUCUUCCAUUCCUACCAUCCCACCAUCCCGCUGCUUCCCCUGUGCCAGAGCUGCCUACAUCUCCGCCAGCGGCCCAGGUAACCUUACCAGGGCAGACCUACUUUAUGCCCACCUCCCCUCCACCUGUCACUGCUCUACAAUCGCUUGACUCUAAAGCCCCCAAACUGCCCCAAGCCUCGCUGCAAGACUGCGACCUUUCCCUGCUGGGCAUUGCUCAGGAUGGUCCGUACCUGUCAAGUACAGAACAUCAUUCUUCAUUGGGGUCUGUUCCAGCUAAUGGAGAAGAAACAUUUCAGCUCUUAGCCAAUGGGAAGUUUGAGAAAUUAAAGACUCAAAUGAGAGCUUCCUGUCAGAGGUCUGACAAAGUUUCACAUCAGUUUCAACUGAGCAUGCUCCAGGUGUCAGGCAGUGGGGACAAUAUGGUGGAAUGCCAGUUGGAAACCCAUACCAACAAGAUGGUGACAUUUAAGUUUGACACUGAAGGGGAUGCACCAGAGGACAUAGCUGACUACAUGGUGGAGGAGGACUUUGUCCUCAAUGUAGAGAAAGAGACAUUUGUUGAAGAGCUUAGAGCCACAGUUAAGAAAGCUCACGAAAUUCUUCAAACACAUUCACAGACUGGAUCAACUGACCAGUUGCAUGUGAGCACUCCCACUAGCUCUUCAGUGGACUCAGUGCCCCAUUCCUCUCCAGUGGGACGCUGGCGCUUCUUUAUUAACCAGACCAUCCGCCAUAGAGACUCUCUAUCGAGUCAGGGAGCAGGCACUCCACCACCCACUGCAGAGAUGAUGAUACCUCAGUCUCCUCAAACAGAGAGAGAAAAUGAAGGAUCCCAGAGCCUCGAGUCCUUGACGGGCAUGGCCUUUUCCCCCUGCCCCACCCUUUCUGCCACCUCCCCUCCAGUCUCCACUGUCUCAGCCCCUGCCUCCAUGGUCCCCUCAGCCACCGCUGCCCCAACUCCUCACACCACUGCCUCUGAAAGCAUCUCAGCACCAGCCUCCACUCUCGAGGCCUCUGUCACUGCUUCAGGUGCUCUUGAACCGCCAGUCCCCACCUCAGAUUCCCUUAACCAAAUUCACACUGUUCCCUCAUCAAUAGCAAUACCUGCUGCUAACUUCCCCACCUUGUCCACUGCUCCUAUUGUUGUGUUUCCCAUACCCACCACCAUUCUCCCUGAUGUCCUCACACCUCCUGGAAGCAGUGGUUGCUCCACUGUAGGUCAAAGUAUAGGGGAUACAGUGACAACUGCUCCAAGGUCAUAUGUGCCUGCAGCAGACCGGUCGUCAACCUCUUUUCAUUCCCCUCCUCCUGCUGCUGCAGUGACCUCUUCUACAGUUAGCCAGCUUGGCAUGGAGCAGCAGCAGACUCUCACUCAGGUGGACAAACCAGCCCCACAACAACCACAACUACAUCCUGCAUUACAGCAACAGGUACCAGUAGUUCAACAGCAACUGCAGGCAAUGCAGCUUGAACAACAGGCACAACAGAUACAGCGGGAAACACCACAGCAACAACAGCAAUCACAACAUCAAGUGUACCAAGAACAAAUUCAGCUGCAGCAGGAACGGGCAAUGCAACAGUCUCUCCAGCAGUUACAACAUCAGCAACUAAUGCAACAACAAAUACCACUUCAACAACAGAUGACCGAGGUGCAGGUGUUGCCUCAGACAGGUCAUACAGAGUUGUUACAGCAGUCUGCGCCUCUUCAGCAGUUUCUGCCACCAAUGUCCCUACAGCAGACCCAACAACAACUUAUUCAACAGCAAACACCACAGUAUUCCCCACAGUUGCUGCAGCAGCCUCAGUUACAACAGAUUUCGCAGCAGGUUAUGGCACCCCAAGCUGCUGUAGUGCCUCAACAGCAGGCCCACAUUGAUCACCAGCAGCAGCAACAGUUAAACUUGCAGACAAUACUCUUACAGCAACAGCAAAUGGUGCAACAGCAGCUCCAGCAGCAGCAGCAGCAUCAGCUGUUUAUGGGUGCUGUGGCUUUAACACCAGAUCAAAGCCAAAUGCUGCCCCGGUCAAUUAGUCAACAGUUUCUUCAACAACAGGCACAGCUCAGUGUUAACCCUGUACCGCAACAGCAGAUUCCACAACAAACACAGAUUUCUGCUGAGCUGGUACAACAACAUAUACAGUCACAGAAACAGCUGCAACACACUGAGCAGCAACAAGAGAUGGUUAAAGCCAUGGACACACCCCAGAAACAGCAGCAGUUCCCGCUGCAGAAGCAGUCCUCUUUACAGAUAUCUGAGUCAGAGGUGUCCGCAGGAGAGACAAGUUUCACAGAGGACACAUGCAGCUACUCCACCCCUUUCCACCCUUCCUCUGACUCCUCUCUGCCGCCUCUCCAUCUGGCCACCGCUGAAGGCCCCGUACCCACUCUCUCCCUCACACUGACACCAUCCCCUGCUCAGCCUUCCUCUGUGGCCGAGUCAGACAGUGAAGGCCCCCCCAAAAUUGAAUUUGUAGAUAACCGCAUAAAGACUCUGGAUGAAAAGCUGAGGAACUUGUUAUAUCAGGAGUACAGCAGCGGGGCGGCCCUGGCUGGGGGAGCUACCUCUGGCCCUACAUCUGCUGCCUCCACAUCAGCAGGAGGAGACGAGUCGUCUGAGCCACAGUCGCUCCACCACCUGUCCUUUCCCCCACCUCCCUCCUCCUCAGAUACUUCCCCUCACUCAUCUUCCUCCUCUUCCUCCCCCACCACCUCCCGUUCCUCCUCUACCUCCCCUGACCCAGAGAGAGAUGGCGCAGGAGGGAAAGCUUCCUCAGAAGUGCCCAACUUUGCGGAGAUGGGCCCCGUGGAGCAACAGCCUGGCCCAUCUCUCCCCUCCAUCUCUGCCUCGUCCACCCCGACUACCUCUCUCCUGCCUCCCAAUCAGGAUGAAUCGGCUGGGCCCCAGCGUCCACCUGUACCAGGAGAACCAACCAUUCUUGCUGUACCCCCACAUUCUGACACCAGUACCACUGGAGACGCAUCGUGGCCCCCCAAUCAGCACCCGAUCCCCCUCCGGCCUGGACACCAGAAGCACAAUGCAGGAGGUGGAUAUUUUGGCCUAAACCUGACAUGUCCUAGUAUCAGAAAUCCUGUUAGCAAGAAAUCCUGGACUCGCAAAUUCAAAAACUGGGCAUGCAAACUGCGCCACUCCGCCAGCUUGUUCAAGAAGCCCACAGUCCAGCAAGAUGGAAGUUCCAGCAGUCAGACACUCAGAGAAGAGAAGGAGGCACCACCGCCAAAUCCACCUCAUUCACGCAAAGGACGAUUUCAGGUGACUCCAGUGCUCCAGUCCUCUCCCCCAAAGGCUGCGCCAUCAGGCCAUGGAGGCACUCACAGGAAAGUGGGCCGCUUCUCUGUAACCAAGGCUGAGACUAAGAAAGAGGACAGGCAGACUGACAGCUCCCCAGUGUCCCCUGAUUUGGAGAGGGAGAGGAGGAGAUCUCGGGCAAAGGACGGAGAGAAAGAUGAAAGUAAGAGGACCCCAGCAAUGGCUCACCUGCCUCGAUGUCAUGGACACAGCCACUCACCCCUGGGCAGCAGCGAUGAUGAGGAUGAGUGUGAGCUGGAGGAUGAAGACCUGAAAAAAGAACUACACAAGCUCAGAGAGAAGCACAUCAAAGAGGUGGUAUCCCUUCAGUCCCAGCAGAACAGAGAGCUGCAGGGGCUGUACAGACAGCUUCGUUCCCUCAAAGACCAACGGCAUAGUCUGCCUGUCUCUCUGUCCCGAACAACUCCUUUUCCCACGGGACCUCCUGUCCUCUCUCCUCGGAGGCCCAGGCUAGCCAAAAUCAAACUCCGGCCCCGGCCUCACUCUCACAUGGAUAACAACGGAGUCACACACUCUGGGAUUCAGCAGUCAAGUAGUUUCUCAGGUGGUGAACAGAGUAGACUGCCACUAUACUGCAACCUAGAGCACUGCCCUUCACUGCCUGCAAAAAGAGAUCACAGUCCUCUUAGAAAAAGCACAUUCACAGAUGAACUGCACAAACUUGUUGACAAUUGGUCUAAGGAUACGGUGGAACCCGCUCCGCCCAAGCCUUCGCUGAAUCAAAUUAAGCAGAUUCAGCAGGUGCAGGAGUCAGGAGGCUGGAGUCAGCCGACUGAGGUGGCUCCACCAAGUUGGUUUCCACUGGCACCACUGAACCCCCAGGCACCCCCGACCCCUGCCAGCUUGCCUGUGGCAGCCCCUUCCCAAUACACAGGUGGAGGAAGCCUGUCCACCCUAAACUCUCCGGGACCACCACCGCAAACGCACAUGGCUCAAGUUCCACAGAUGCAGCAAAGUUUACACCUCCAUCAGUCUCUCCCCCUCCAGCAGGUGACCUAUCAGCAGUCCCCAGUCCGCCAGCAGAUACCGCAGCCCCUGAUGCAAACUCCCUUACAGUCCCAAUCACUAUCGCAGACACAACCCAUCACCCAACUGCCCCAUUCACCACCUCAAGGCCAACCACUGCUGCCUUCCCAAAUAGCCACAUCUCCAGUGUCCACGGUCGCGUCUCUGCUGCCUGGCAGUGGCACAACUGCACCUACAGAUAGCACUGCUGCUGCUGGAGGGGCAUUUGGUUCCUGUUCCUCACCCUCUUCAACCGCUUGCUCUACUGCUGCUCUACCUUCCAGUGCCAAAAUUCACCCAACACCCCCCACCUCUACUCUUCCUCUGGGACAGAAAUAAAACCAAGGUGAAGAGUGAGGUCAAUAUGAAGGUGCAAGAGAUGGAGAUACUAAGUGGAUCAGGAUGUAAAGCAGAUCCCUUUGGAGUGCUUGUUCUGUGUAUGCAUGAGAGAGUUGAGACUGCAAUGAAUAUAGGGAUUCCAGUGUACUUUUGGAUGAGAUGGGGAGUGAAUGUGAGAGAUGAUAGAUUAUGGUAUGUACAGACAGGGGUAACAUGGAACACAGCGGCUGGGGUGUGUGAAUCAUGAUAUGUUUGUGUGUUAAGAUAUACAAAUUCUUAAAUGUAUGAGUGUGUGUGUGUGUGUGUGUUUAUCAGUGUGAGUGUUUAUGGAGUAUCCGAGUACAUAUCCCUAAUGUCCUUUUACAGAAAUUAAUGUUCAUGUUUUUGUUUUCAAACCUACUCAGUUGGACCUGAAUUCUCCCUAAGCAGAGACAAUAAGGACACAAUAUUUGACAGUGUGUUUAAUUUGUCAAUGCUUACAGUAAAAAGACUAUCAAUUUUAAAAGUGCAAUUAGUAAUGGUCAUCUAAAUUGAUCAGCAUGUAUUGUAUGGAUUUGUCUGUAAGGCAUAAAAUAUUUUUGUAGAAGCACAUUGAUGAAAACCAGAUGUAUAGAGGAUCUUCUAAUAACCAUUACAUGAAACUAUAGAACUACAGCACAAUGCAUUUCAAUGGGCAAUGAAAAAAAAAUGAAACCACAGUAUGUUAGUAGAGAAAGGUAAAGUUAUCCGGCUACCAUCAUUACCACAACGCGACCAAACACACUGUUGCAGUGUUGUUCACUGGUACAUCAUGUGCUUCAUUUUUAUUAUUUUAUGUUUCGCAGUUGUAACAUGCUGAGUGAUGUGACGUAAAUUCAGAUAAAUUAAUGAUAUGACGGUUAAUUGAAAUAUGCCAUCUGCAUUCAGUGGAUACCUGGGUACACUCAGCCCAAGACUGCAUGACCUUGUGACUAACUUGACUUGCCAGACUGCCAAACUGCUUGCACUUGCUGUACAUUCAUGAAUCUCACAUUUACUAUUUGCAGCCUACUGAGAUAAUUCAUCAGUCAUGAGUAAAUUUGCUAUCGGUUCAUUUGACAUUUUUGCUUUCAGUUUGAGCUCUGCAUAUCAAAGUAUAUCAAGGUGUCAUGCUGAGGACGAAGAUGAAAAAGAAAAAAAACU